AUGGACAUAUGGGAAGCAAUCGACAGUGCACUGAAGGAUGGUCUGUACGCAGAUGCAUUGGUGUUGGCACGUCGUGUUUGUGCAAAUGAUCCUCGAAAAUUGGAUAGAGUUGAGACUGCGUUCUUGACGCAUCGUAGCGAACAGAAUCCCGUUAUGACACUCCUGAGUGUUGCUAGUGAUACACCUGCACCUGUUUUGGUGAGUCGCACACUCUAUCUUUGA